AUGGUGGCACCGAGGUUGAUCAGUGAGCUGCAAGGACCUGCCAAGCGGCUGGUGGUUGGCCGCCGGGCCGACUGGGUGAGCUUUCCAGGAGGAGUCCAGGUACUCCUCAACACCUUGAGGGCAAGCCUAGGCAAGCCUCAGGUCUCGGAGCUCGCAGACCACUUGACGAGAUACUUUCGUCAGACGCGGAGGAAAGCCCAAGAGUCGAUGUCAGACUAUAUCACGCGGAAGUGUGAGACCUACCUGAGGGCCCAACAAGCACUACGACGAGUGCUACCACAACAUCAGAAGCCUAAGACGACAGGGACUUCAGGAGGACAGAGCUGGCCCCAGCAGACGUGGAGCCGGAGGACGAGUGUGGAGUCGGCGACCAGCGCCACAACGUCUCAGGCGGCAGCGCCUGUCGUGGAACCUACAGAUGACCAGGAGCCAACAAGGGACGAUGGGGACGCUCCGGAGCCCAGCGAGGGCCAGUGGAGUGAUCAACAGUGGUCGCCAUGGGCUGGUUGGUACAACAACUGGCAGGGAUAUUCCGGAGGCUGGAGUGGCACGUGGGGAUAUACGUGGAACUCCAGCUACUACAAAGACAACUAUGGGACCACCGGACAGGACGAGACGGCCGUGGUGGAGAUUUUGCCGGAUUUUGUGCAAGGGUGGUACCUCUUGUUCGACGCCUCCCUGAACACGACGGAGAGGAACCUCAUCCACACGGCAGUACAGGGAGACUACUCGCUCCAGCGCAUCGCCCAGGAACUUAGGUCUCAGUGGGACGACAACAACAUCAAGCCGCGCGACAGCCGCCACCAGGCCAGCUACAUGGGCGAGGAUGAUGAGGAUUAUGCCGACGAGGAGUUUGAGACGAUGGAAGGCUUUGCGGCAGAGCAGUUGACCGAGGAGGGUCAGGCUCUUGUGGCGGAGGCUGAAGAGGAAGCGCAGGCAGCGCUAGCGGCUCUACAUCAAGCCCGCCGCACCUUAAAGGAGGCUCGAGAGAGACAACACCAGGUGAAGCUCUCGAGGCAAUACUUUCGGCCGGGAUCCACGCGGGCACCUUCCUCGUCUUCUACGUCGUCAAUGGCUACCAGGAGUACGAGCUGGGGACGGGGACGAGGCUUUGGGGCACGGGAUGACUCCCGUAUGACAUGCCUCAAGUGCGGCAAAGUGGGACACAGGGCCGCUAACUGCAGCCAACCGGAGCAGCAGGCCCAGCAUGUGGAGGAGCAGACCGAGAGUGCACCCUUCAUCUGCUACAGCGAGGCCGCUUUGUCCGCGACACCCCGCGAGGACACCAUGACCACCCAUGAGGCCAUGACCAAAGGCUGGUGCGUGGUUGAUGGGGGUGCCACUCGCACCCUCGGCAGCGUGGCAGCAGUGCAGAGUGUCCUGGACCAGAAUGCACGGCAGACCGGAAACACCAAGUUGCUCCAGGUGGACACAUCGAGGAAGCCGACGUUCUCCUUCGGAAACAGUUCCGAGAACCAGUGUGUGAGAACGGUCAGCUUGGGCGUGCAGGCUGGGUCCCAGGGGGCUCUGGUGGAGCUUCUUCGCGAACAUGGAGAAGAACCACCCACACGGUGGACCAAGGUGGAGCUACGUCAGAGGCUCAUCGAAUUGAAUCCAUCGUUGGACAAGACGAUCUCCAAGGAAUCCAAGAUGACAGAGCUACAGCAGUGGGUGGGCAAGAUCAAUCGCGCAAGCGUCAAGCAGGCCAACCUAGUGCAGCUGUGCCAGGAGGAGCUUCAGCUCACCCUGACGGGGAACGAGACGGUGGCGACUUUGGAGAAGCUGGACAUCAACGAGUAUCAGCCAGCUUACCGCGAGUGGGUGCUAAGGACCGAUGCCGAGGAGACUGGAUGCGACUACUGCUUGAGACGUCUAGCGGUGUGGCUGCGCGAGAACCCAGUGCGGAAGAUCAGCCAACGAGAUCUACCAGUUCGGGGACAGCCAAAGUCCAAGGCUAUGUUUCGCCCGAGCGGAGCGACCGGAUCUUCAACGCCGCCGGCAACGGAGCUGUCGCCUUCGGCACCUUCCAUGGUGGACCGGGACAUGAUCGCCAUUCUCCAGAACCUGACGGGCACGGUCCAGGACCUGCAGCAGGAGAUGGCCGAGCUCAAGGGCGAGCGUCCGCGCAAGAAGGAUCAGAAGACGACCAAGCCAGUGUCCGACACGACGUCGGAAGGCUACACCAAGGGUGUGAAGUUGAUUUUGCAGCAAGUUCGCAUUUCACAACCUGGGUUUGUGUGGCUGACCACACCAGACUCAGCUUUCUCUCCAAUGCAGCAUUCGAACUCUCGAACCGACGCGCAAAAAGAGGAGCUUCAGCGGAAGCGAGCUGUGGCACCCCAGGUCCAGGAUGUGGUACCCGAGACCCUACAGCAUGAGACAUAUGCAGCUGAAGACCUCCAGCAAGCUGAGGAACUGGCCAGGAUGCCUAUGAAGGCCCACCCCUCGAGGACAGGGCAGCUAGGAGAAUUGUGGGUUCAAGAGACCAUCCAGGCCCGCGAAAUGGGAAUCGCGACUUCAGAGGAGCGACCUCUGACCAAGAAAACAACGCCACACGGCGAGGACGUGUGGGGAAGGAGGGAGUGUCUGGGGGUGUUCGCGGUGGGGGGGGAUCAGGUUUCUCGAGACAAGGAGACCGAGAAGAUCAAGAGGAAUGCCAGACCUGAGGUGAUUAAGCUUGCUUCUGAGUUCCGGUGUUCCAUCUGCGAGGAACAGCACCAGUUCUUAGUGGUCAUAGACGAAGGAUCAAGGACCCUCCGAUUGGAUCCAGCGGGGAGCUUCAGGAGUCAGGCAAUUCUGGAUUUCUGUGAUAGGCAUCAGAUCUUCUUGGACUUGGUUCCUGGAGAGGCUCAUUGGAAGAUUGGAGUUUGCGAGCAGGCAGUUCAGGGUCUGAAAUCUGUCAUGGAAAAGGUCUGUAGGGCAGAAGGAACGCUGACAGCUGAAGAGGCCCUGUCGACAGCCGUGCGCAUCUUUAAUCAGAUUGAUGUGGCCACACCCAAUCUUCCCCCUGAACUCCUAGUUGAAAAUCCGGGAACCGAGUUUGCACAGGCUGUUGCGCGUAGGAGUAGAAGGGUCAUGGACUACCAGCCGGGAGAGCUUGUGUACUUCUGGAGACAACAACAUUCGGGUAAGAACCGUCAAGGGCCUCAGUCCAAGAAGGGAGUGUUCAUGGGACCCGCCAGAAUUCUUGCAACCGAAAAGAAGAGAAACCCCGAUGGAACGUUGCAGGAUGGAUCCAUUGUGUGGUGUGUACGGGGCAGGCAAUUGAUCAAAUGUUGCGUUGAGCAGCUGAGAAGAGCUUCUCCGAGGGAGGAGUUGGUGGAGGCCCUUUCCACUCAGGACAACACCCCCUGGGUGUUCACUAAGGUGGCUGAGCAGAUCGGUGGUAACCAGUUCGAAGAUGCCUCGCAGGACAGUCCCCAGUUGGAGGAAUGGUGGAGAGCUCAGAAUCCUGAGGAGGAAAUCCAACCGGCAAGAAGGAGAAUCACUGAGAAACGUUCGGCUCCCCCAAGGGCCACGGAGGACUCCGAUGAGGAAUUAGUUCCGGAUCAGGAGAUGUCACAUCCUUCUGCACAGCGGGCAGUGGCUUCCCGUAGGGCUCGUAGGUCCAAACCAUAUGCGGCCGAGGGACUCGGAUCAGGAGAGCAUUGGUGCGACCGAGUGCCAGAGGAGGCUUGGUUCUGCCAAGAGCAGGCGUAUUGGUGUGAUCCUCAGGCGGGGGUUCAAGUUGAAGUAGAGAUGCCACAGACGGGCAAAGGAUGGCAGCAGGCUCUUCAGAACUUUGAGGGGUACAUGGUAGGAGCGAUGAAGCGGAGGGCGAUAGAAGUCAGGGAGAAACAUCUAUCGGAUGAAGAACCGCUCCAAUUCGAAGGAGCGAAAGCAAUUGAGGUGAAAAACUUUGUCGCCGCUCGCGCAUUCGAAGCAUUACCUGAGUCCUUACGUCCUAGCAAGGAGCAAGCCAUCAACAUGAGGUGGAUACUCACCUGGAAGCAGCGUGAGGACGGGACGAUGAAGGCUAAGGCAAGAGCAGUGCUCUUAGGUCGGGAUUAUCCUGGGGUGUUACACUGCGUGCCUUGCAACGAGAUCUGCGAUGCACUUGGUGUACCGAGAGACAGCGUUAUGUCUGUGGCGGAGUUCCUUGCCGAGUUAGGUUCAGACCAGGACUCAGAGUGGCAGGGAAUCCUGAAAAGGAUCAAGGCCCGGUUCCAAUGGGGUGACUGGGAGCGCGACACAGAAGGAAGUCUGAGCUGGCUGGCACAACAGACGGCACCUCACUUGUCGGCACCUGUCAGCUUGCUGUUGUCGGAAGCGAAACAAAGAAAGAACCACAGCAUGCUCAUUCAUGCCUUUGACGAGGACGAACCUCUGGCCAUGUUUGCAUGGGUAGACGCAGGCGCGGUGGGUCGUAUUACUCCAGUCGCCUGGCACUCAUCAAAGGUGGAGAGAAUAUGUCGCUCUCCAGGAGCGGCUGAAGCCCAAGCCGCCGUGAACGGAGAAGAUACGCUGUUCUUCUCGCGCUACCAGUGGGGUGAGCUCGAGUUUGGGGAUGUGGACUCCAGAGACGCGGAGCGAACGGUGAAUCAGGUGGUCGGCUGCUUAGUAACGGACUCGCGCAACGUGUACGACAAGCUCAACACAGAAGUUCUUACCAUAAAAGGGGCCGAGAAGAGAACGGACCUGGAGAUGUUGGGACUCAAAGAGGCUCAACGCAACACUGGACUGCACAUUCGUUGGGUACAUUCCGAAGCACAGUUAGCCAACAGCUUGACCAAGGCUGCUGGGGGACGAGAAAUCGAAUUGUACUAUCAGAUGCGUCACCAGUGGAGGAUCGUUGAAGACCCUCAGAUGAGAUCAGCGAGACGAAGACGACAGGAAGGUAUCGCACCUCUGACGACGGACCAAGGAGAUGAACGAAAUAUUUAA